AUGGAGGGUAACAACGACAACAUCAAGCGAGCAGCGAGCCUUCAUCAAAAUUUCGCUAAGUCGCAUAAAAGCGUGGGAAUAAGUUCUUCAAGUGUCAGCUUGCUUUUGGCUCCGGAGCAGUGGACUGGCUUGCAAGUCUACGGUGAAGAGGAAGACUGGCAGUUCUAUUAUGUGUGCAUGUUUGCGGACCGCGUCACUCUGAUGCGCUUCCGAGGAGGUGGUAUUGGUCAUUUAAUUACCCGAGAGGCAACGCGGAAGUUUGAAGAGGCAGAGUGCUUGGUGGGCUUCCGUCAGAUCCCCACAGGAGAGGUGUCCGAGGAUGUCCCGGAGUUGAGUGAUGAAGAGGGCGAGACUGAGGGGUCUAGCGAUGAGGAGGUGGAGGAAGUGGGGGAGGAGGAUGGUGUAUGGGAGGACAACAACGAGGGGGUGGCUGACGACCUGACAGUUGGCGACCUCGGCUACGGCCAGGCUGAUAAUCAGCAUCAGGACCGAUCCGGUUCCGGUAAUUCUCGCGAUGCUUGCAUCAUCCGCGCCUCUUCGGUUCUUGAGCAGAGCCUUUGA